AUGGGAACGAUGAACGACGGAAGCAACUGGGAGCAGUUAUGGGUGAGUUUUUCAAUUCUCCGAAAAAAUGUGUGAAAGAGUCUAUCAGUCGAAUAUCCACCAAUACUCGGACUGACUGUUGUCUCAUUAUCUAUUCCGAAAAUGUUAUACAAAUAAGAACUCCGACGUUUCAUAAUCCGACAUUUUGAUACUACAUAACGUAUCAUUAGCGAUAUCAAAUUUAUUGUGUGGUUCAAAACGUUAGCUUCCAAAAAUGCCGAUUUCUUCUCCCGUCACUCUCAAAACCCGAACCCAAUGAUUUUCCCAUAUAUAUACAAUAAUAUUUGGAAAUUGAUCACAAAGAACAUGAAGAGCUAUAUCUAAUUAGCGGCUUCAUGUGCAUGUGAAUUCAUAAUGAUGAUUCUCAUUUUUACGCAACAUAUUCAUUCGCGUUUCCCUUCUACAACUACUUUGCUGUGAAAUCGAACCGCGGGGACCGAACGCAUAAAUAUGUAAUUUAGUAAUGGCGAAGGAGUACUAGCAGCCAGAACACUUGAAUUAGUCAUGUAAACGCUAAUAAGCGGCAAGCGGCCACCAAAAAGAGAGAAAGGAACACAAAUAUACAUUCCUGUUCCAUUCGCUUUAUUAAAAAUUGGGUGGAGAGUAGUGUGACUCUUCCUUUUCGACUGUACUUGUUCAAAUUUGAUCUCGACCUGGACGCAAUACGUGAUAACAGGGCAAGCAGCGGAAGAGGAAGAUGUAUGUCAUAGGUGUGGCAUUAACAGAACUCAUUUCGUGGCUGCCUGGCUGGUCGGCAGGCUAGUUUGAUCGUUGGUAUCGUUAUCUUUAGCAAUAAUAAGAAUGGUUGCUUGCAGAACAAAUAGAAUCACUCCCUCUUACGCUUUUCUUCCAUUUUUUUUUCAAUGCAGCUGAAUCGUACUGCUGGGUAAUAAGUCUCUUAUAAUGUUAGAUAGAUUAUACAAAUGUUCAUCUUCCCUUUCAGUUUUUUUAUCCACAAACUUUCUAGGUCGGUCUUGUCUACCGCCCCCCUCCUUCUCUUUCAUCGACAAUUCAUUCAGAUGUAUGCGGGUAUGCAGAUCUUGCUUCCCACCGUUUCUAGGGCGCGCCCGUCGCUCGCUCAAAGCGAAUGAAAUUCCCGACCUAUCAAGACGUUUUUUGGCACCUUUUUCUGUGCGGGCAUGAAAUGAAUGUCCUUGUGAGUGAGAAAGAUAUAUUGAGACGAAGAGAAAGGGAGGAAAACUAUCCGCGCGGCGCCCGCGCGGAACACUCACUUAUUAUGAGUUUUUAAUCUUGGCGGCUGCGUACGUAAAAAUAUUAUUGGAUCGCAAUAGACGAACACUGAGUGAGUGAGUGCGCGACGGCGCGGCGCAGCCGGCACAAGCACAUAUACUAUCCGUUCGCUCUCUUUUCUCUUUUCCCUUUGCCUCUAGUCCUCGCGGAAGAGUGAGUGACUCCUCUUGAUCGUCCUCGUCCCCCGUCGGAGGUCGGCGCAUACACCUCAAUCCAAUCUGACCUACCCCCCCCCCUUUUCCUCUUUGACUCUUCUCUCGAUCGACACAUCACGUUUGACAAUUCAAUUCUAUCCGAUUCCCAUUCACUUUGAUACUUUACUGUACUCCUCUUUUUCUGUAUUCCUUGCCCUCUGGCUCCGUCAUGAGUUCGAGUACGUCAUCCUCUCGUAUGACAGCCUACGACAUGUUUCGGUCUGGACGGGAUACUGUACGCCUCUCGCGUGCAUCAAUGGUAGACUUGUUUCAUUCGGCGUUCACUACGAACAAUAACAAUGAUCACUACAAUAACAGUAGUCACGGGUAUCAAGAGGAUACAGCCAGUCGGAUUUAUGGAACGAAGGUUGGUUUAGUGUCUAGUCGGUAUGAGGAUUAUAGUAAUUCGAAAUAGAGGGUUCGCAGGUUCUGAGACGCUGCGUAACUUUGUAAGCACGUUUUUGAUACAUUCCGAACAUGCGGCCGUCUAAAUAGCUAAAGAUGCAUCUGCUGGAAAUGGCAUUUUGAAAGAGCCGCUUAUUUUUGAGAAGUUCAAGCCUUGCUGUGCAUAAUUCCCUCAAAACAUGCACAAUCCGUAUCGGAUGACGUGACUUGACUUUUUCUAGUAGUGGAUUCUCCCAAUGGACCGUUACAUUCUGUUAAUUGUGCCUCGCUUUUCGAGUGACCGAAUUCAAAAAUCCAGAAAGUACACGUUUUACCACUACACACUUUUCACCUCCAAAACACUUGACGCACUCAUCUCUUUUCUUUUUCUUUACCUUUUCGAGGGCAAACAUUACAUACUAUACACCAUCAAAUGUGUACCUUUCAAACGAAUUUCGAAAAAAAAUCGGUCGCACGCGUGGGUGAGCAUUGCAUUUAUGGUUGGUUCUACAGUGUUUUUGCCCCAAUUUUUGCCUCAACUAUGAAAGUUAGAAGUCUUUCACAAACAAAACACAUGGCUGAAUGUUUGUGUUUUGUAUUAGCUCAUGGGAGGAAAACAUUGGGCGCGAGCCGAAGUCGGCGGAAAAAUGAACAGAAAACAAGGAAGUUGACAGGACAAUUGGGAGAUUGAAACGCAACAGCCAAAGUUAAAAUGUUAUUGUUUUUCAGGACCAACAAGCGAAUCUGAAUGACUAUACUGCCAAAGGAAUCGACAUGUUGGACCGAAUACAGACGCUGGCCAAGGAACGCGCCGCCAUCGAACUCGAGUACAGCGCCAAACUCAAGUGAGUCUUUUAAAACAUGCUUUGUUAAAUGGCAAAACAAAUUUGUUAACUCUGAAACAAAUUGAAUUUUGUGGAAUACACAUAACACAUUUUACUUUUCAGAGCUCUGUCCAAAAAAUCACUGAUGAAGAUGAAGAAUGAGAACGAAUUAUGGAAUGCAGUCUCGUACGUCAAAGCAUUUCAAGAAGUGGUUGCGGGAAUCGUACCAAUUGCCGUGCAGCACGAGGUAAUAUUUCAAGAUGACAUAUUUUGUAACUAAUUCAAAAUGUUUCAGGUGAUCGCCGAAAAUCUGAAAAACAACGUGAUUCCGUUCGCUGCUCAAAAGAUUGCCGAGUACCGAUCUGCCAAGAAACAACUGGAAAUCGACAAUGCCAACCUAACAAAGCAACAGAAUUUGGUGACGACAGAGUAUGCAAAGACGCUGAAGGAAUACGGGUGCGUUUUUUUUUUUGAAAUUCAAUUAAACAUAAAUCCGGGACCAAGUAAAGGUCUGUCCACCUGGUAAGGAAGUGGCGAAUGAAAAAAAUUUGAACCGGGACGGAAUUGCACGGGUGGUCUUGGCGAAUUUCUACACAACUGAAAGUGUUUCUUGAAUCAAAACAUUCUUCGGCAUACUUUACCUUUUUGAAAGUAUGUAUUCAAAGUCGAGAAGCAAAGCGAAUUCAUGAUUUUUCUGAUAAUUAUCAGCAAGAAGGCUGGUAUCAGUUUACAUGCGCCGGGUCGUUCCAGUUGCAAGAAGUGCUCUCCCUAAUAUUUUAAUUUUCAGAAAAUCGUUUAAAGAGACGGAAGCGGCUAUGCUGAAAUAUGCGAAAGCCGAGAAGAACAUGGAAAUUUCGAGACUAGAGCUCGAAAAAACCAAGAACAACUAUCAGCUGAAGUGUGGUAUGCUCGAAGAGUCUAAACAAUCCUACUUGGCUAUGACAGCCAAAGCAAAUGAAGAGCAGAUGGCAUUCUUCGACCGAAAACUUCCUCAACUGCUCGACAAUUACAAGAAGCUGCACACUAACCGAAUUUUAGAUACUGUCGAGAUUCUGAACAAGUGUGUCGAGGCUGAAAGCAGUGUGAAUUCUGUUAUCGGUUCGUUUUUGUAGUUUUUUAGUUUGCAAACUAAUUUUCGAGAUUUUACAAGAUUUCUUUCCAGGCGUUUUGAAAAAUCUCGAAAAUGUUCUCAAGUAGUUUUGUUGUGUGAAAUCUCUGAUUUACUCCAGAAAUCCCGAAUUUUACUCGAGUUUUCUCGGUUAGCUUGGAGCAUCGAUCACGACAAGAUUCCUUGAGAUUUUUUGCGCUCUGUGCGCAAAAAAAAAGAAAAAGAAUGUUACGGGAGAACUGUGCCGUCAAAUUAACAAAAGACUUCCUGAAUAAAAAUGUUACCGACUCACCCAAAAAUGUGUUGGGAAUUACGAAGAAUCCCGGGUGUACAACGAUGCUUCAAAAUAACGCAUCGGUUUCCGACCGGGUUAACCCGGAGACUUUUGUUUUGAAGAAUCAUUAAGCACCUCACAGGUAAGUUUUCGUUCAACGGCAUAUAUGGGAUUAUUCAUAUUGCAAACGUGGCAAUUGUUUAGCAAGCUGCCACAAUGACAUGCGAACCAACAUUGCGAUGAUCGAUCCGGAUCGCGAUGCCCGACUUGUCGUGGAAACAAUGAAGUCUGGACACCCCCGUCCAUGUCAAUUCACAUUCGAAGACCUCGGCCAUCCGCAGAACUUCCUCGGUGGUGGUAGUGCUGUGGGAUCCAUUGGUAAUACUUUUUUAAAACCUCAUAUUUGAUCUAAAUCGAACUUUUUUCAGAUGGAAUGGAUGCCACGCUCAAGAAGGGCACCUUGAUUGGACGCAAAGACGGCAAGGGAGUCGUUCGAAAGCAGUCAAUGCAUCAGAAGUUCUUCGGUGCAAACGCUGACAAAAAGGGGGACAAUGGAGACUACGGAACCCUUCCGCCACAACAAAGAGCCCGCAAGAUCCACGCAAAGAUCACGGAACUCGAGAAGGAGAAAGAGCGGGCGCUUCAGAGCAAGGAAGGUGUCAGCAAGAUGCAGAAUGCCUAUCGGGAGAAUCCGAAACUCGGAAAUCCCAACGAUUGUGACGCGCAACUCCAGCAAUACGCUCGGGAGAUCGACGGGCUGUGCAAUCAGAUUCAGAAGUACCGCAUCAUGCUCGAAGAUGUCAAUGCGCAACUCGGCGGCGGAGGAUUGUCUGCGACAAGCGUCGGCGGUAGCGAUACGCCGCCGUCAGUUCGUUCUGUCUCGUCGGCGUCGAGCGGUGUCACUUCGAGAGUGAACACCAUCAAUGACACACAUCGCAGCGGAGGCGGAGGUCGCAGGGACAGCUACUCCGGAAGUGGCGGCAGCGACAACGAUCCAUCAGUGAAUGGGAAUGGAAAUGGAAGAGACGAGGUAUGAAAUGGGAAAGAGGGGUGAUUGACCCGAUUCAAAGUAAUGGAGUAGGAAAAAGAGAAGAUAGCACAUUGUUUUUUCAGCUGUACGAAGAGUGCUCGAACCCCAACCCGAUUCUCGGUGAAGCCCUCGCUCAAUUUGCUUUUGACGGAGCUCAGGAGGGAACCAUCAAAAUGGAGGCCAAUGAGAAAUUGUGGCUGAUUGAGAAGGACGAAGGCGAUGGCUGGACUCGCGUUAGAAAGUGCGUUUUUUGGAUUUAUGAAAUAAAUUAAUGUCCCAUUUUGCAGAGAAAACAACAGCGCCGAUGGAUUUGUGCCGAGCACUUACCUCAAAGUGACGUGGUACGAUGGACACUGCUAA